CCCUUUUCGAUUCUGAGUCUCUCUCUCUCUCUCCUUCUCUCUCGAGAUACUCAACCUCGAUCUUAUUAUCUCACGGGAAACCCACCACCCCGAAAAGUUUUCAGAAGGAAAAAGGUAUCUCUUUAUUCUUUCUUUCUGGGGAGAACGCUUCUCGGCCCUGCUCCGGCCGUGGUUCUCGGAGGAGGGCGACGGUGCAGGUAGCGUUCAGAAGGAGGGACCAGCUCUCUUACUCGUGUAGAUCAAUAUUAGUUGGCCCCAGGAAGAAAAAGGAAGCUCGAAAAUGGCGGAAGAGAGUUGGAGACGUGGUACCGAUGGCACCGGCUGCCAGGCACCGGAGGGUCACCGCCUGUGCGCCAACAACUGCGGGUUCUUCGGCAGCCCGGCCACCCUCAACCUCUGCUCCAAGUGUUACCGUGACUACCGCCUCAAGGAAGAGCAAGCCUCCUCCGCUAAGGCCGCCGUCGAGAAGUCCUUCAAUGGAGCCCCAGCCGCGGCCCCGGCACCAUCUCUGUCUGCUGGCCCAUCUGCCGCUCACCUGAAGUCGGCGUCCUCCUCUUCCUGCGUAACACCGUCGGAGCCGCCGGCCCAGCAGCCGCCUAACCGCUGCAGCUCCUGCCGGAAGCGUGUUGGGCUCACCGGCUUCCGUUGCCGAUGUGGCCUGACCUUCUGCUCCUCCCAUCGGUACCCGGAGGCGCACAAGUGCGACUACGAUUAUAAGCUGCGGGGCCAGGACAUGAUCCGCAAGGCCAACCCUGUGGUGAAGGCCGACAAGCUCGAGAAGAUUUGAUGGUGUUCCUGAGGGAGUUUCUUGGUUCUGCUAGACAAAGGAGGGAAAGGGAGACACCGACGAACGCCAAUCAAGAGAAAGCAACAACAGGGGAGUCCUUAGAAGAACACAAAACCCAGAAUAGAAACCAAUCUAUCCCUUGAAUGAAGAAGGAGUUGCGUUCGGGUUCUUCUGUGGGAACUAUUAGGUGGUGGGAAUUUGGUGUUUGGUUGAUGGAACGAUUUCCCGUCGGGUGUUGUGUCUGUUUUUAGUCUUUCAUUGGGACUCUGUCUCUACUGCUUUCGACUUAGGUGCUGUUAUGGUAUAAAUUUAUUCCUCUC